AUGGCCUCAUUAGGUGGUGAGACCCCACCCCUAAGGCCUCAUUUAACCUUGAUUACCUCCUUAAAGGCCCUAUCUCUAAGUACAAUCACUUUGGGUGAAGGGCUGCAACAUAGGAAUUUGGGGUGGGGGCACAAUUCAGUCUCUUACACUAACCAAUGUCCAAAUUUUCAAACAGGCUUUCCUAAGGACAGCAGUCACAGGCCUUCUGUGCUACAUCUUUUCAGCACAGGCUUCAAACCCAGCUUUGGAAGCCUUGAAAUGGCUGUCAAUCACAUUGUUCCCUGGGAAGAAGUGGGCCCCAUUCGGUGCUGUGGUCCAGGUUACAAUGACUUCUUCACUGCGUGUUGA